UAUAUCAAUAUGUCUUUUGAUUUAAAUCAUAAGUACUGGAUAUCUACUAGAAAAGAUAUUGCACAACUAAUAAAAAAGCAGAAUCGUCUAAAAACAAUUGAACCUCCUGAAGAUAAAGCCAUAUCAUUCAAAAUUUUCUCCGAACUAUAUGUUCUAUAUGUGGAACUCGUCAAUAAGCUAAGUUUCAUUUACCAUCACACUUAUCAAGUGCAAAAACGUGCGGUAGUCCGCACCCUUGUAGAAAGCGCCACACAACAACUAAUGAGGCUCAAGGACGAAUUGAAGAACAUGGAGCUAAAUGAAUACGUUUACAUAGACAAGGCCUUAAUCGCUAAACGUUUGACUCCACGUGAUUUGCUGAUAUGGAGAUCACCCCAAUUUCUCUAUCGUCGACCAUUGGAUGUGCAAAAUAUUUUAGUAGAAAACAAAUUGUACAUGAAUGAUGAGGAAAAAGAGGAAAUAGCAUCAAAGGAUUUGGUUAAAGUUACUGAGGCCAUAAAACUAAUACAAGCACAUGAACGAGCACGUCGUGCUCGAGUUUAUAAGGCAAAUAUCAAAUAUGAUAAGAAAUUCAUUAAAGUCUAUCAAAGAAAGAAAAUCAGCUAUCGAUUCACAUUUAAACCUGAACAAGCCAUGAGCAUUCCAGUUAAAAGAACCAUAUUCAAUUCUGACUAUAUCAAGUCCACAGAAGGUUGUGAUGAACUAAAAAAUAAAGACGUUAAUUUGGACAUUCAUACGACAGAUGCCGAGGAAAUUAAAAAAGAAAACAUACGAAGAGAGGAGGCAGCAUCGCAAAUUCAAUCCUUUUGGAGAAACUAUCGAGCAAGGAAAAUGAUUAGAGUUAAAAAGAAAUUCAAAGAGGAAUUAUUUGGAAUGAAAAAAACGAGAAAACUACUUCGACCCAAUCAAUUUGCCAAUUCUGUCCUGGAGAUGUAUAAAGGUGAAAUGUUAAAGAAAAAACUAGACGAGGAUUUUUUGAAAAUAAUAAGUGAUGAGCGAACCAGAUUACUACAAGUCCGUUCACCAUGGAUAAUGGAAGAUAUAUCAGAUCAUAUUCGUGCCUGGUUUGAGGAUUUCUAUGUGAAAACGGGAAACUUUCAUCCUUAUCCUGAUCCAAUCAAAAAUGGAACCGUUUUAGUUGUGAUCGAUGAAACUAUGACUCCAUUGGAAUUUCAGGAGACCCUGAACAAAAAGCCAAUGACAAAGGAAGAGAAAAAAAAAUUGGCCGAAAAGAAGAAGAAUGAGAAACAAAAACAAAAGGAAAAAAUACGUAAACAGAAAAUGAAAGAAGCCAAGCGUAGGAAAAAAUUAAAGGAUGCAGGAAUCAUUGAUGUUGGCUAUGAGAUUGCAACAAGCAAAGCAAUAGAGAAAAUUGAAGAAACAAUGAAGGAUUUCUCAAUUCAAUGGAGAAACAUUGAUGAAUAUCUAAACAAAAAUCAUGAUCCCAUCAAGGACUGGAUCACCGAAGAGGAAUUAUCGAAAAUACAUCAGGAACUCAGAAAUUUAGUUGACGAAUAUAUGAGAGUUGAAUAUGAAUUGCUAAGAAAGGCUCUAGCAAAAGAUACAAAGACCAAAUACAAGCCUCAAAAAGUUCGUAAAGCUAAGAGCAAGAAGCCCAAAAAGAAGAAAAAACCUAAAGAUAUGACUGAGGACAGAACUCUCGAUUCAUUAUAUAAUGAGCUAAAAGAUGGGGGUAUUAUCGAGGAUGUUUCCCACAGGGACUUUAAUGAAUUUAUUGCUGAUUUUAAUUUUGUUGCUGACGACACAAGAGACGAAGACAAUUUAACAACUCUUGGCCCAGCAAAGGGAGAUAUAAAAAUGAUUAUUCAAGAAAGUAUGCUGGGCAUGGGAGAGUUUGAUAUUCCAAAACCAAAGUCAAUAUUAUUAAUUGGUCCACUCAAUUGUGGUAAAAAAUUGCUGGUUAAUAUAAUUGCUUCGGAGUUAGAUGCAGUCUUUAUAAACUUGAGCCCCGAAAAGAUUUAUAAAUAUGCUGAUAAUAUGAAAUAUUUCUUACAUGUUGUAAUGAAAGUGGCAAAGGCCUUUCAACCGGCCAUAUUGUAUGUUGAAGAAGCUCAUCGUCUAUUUUGGAAGAAAAUCCCUCAAGAUCAAAAGGACAUUAAUCCUAGGCUGCUUGGUCCAUCGAUUUCAAAGAAAAUCUUAAAGGUACUCAAAAAAACCGAUAAGGUUAUCCUACUUGGCACUAGUAGCAUGCCAUGGUCAGCGAAGGGCAAACUCAAAAAAGUGUUCCAAAAGGUUUUGCUUAUUCCUAAAUGUGAUUAUGGCACUAGUUUUUUGCUUUGGCUAGAACUGAUGACGGAGCAUGCCACAGACGAUAUCAAGGAUUAUGCAUAUUCGGCCCUUGCCAGGAUUCUGCAGGCAUAUAAUUCUGGUGAUAUAACAGCCAAUGUGUCUGAUACUUUGAGUAUAGAGCGAACAAUGCGUCUUCGUACCGAGCCAUUGAGCCCAAAUGAGUUUUUGGAAUACUUUUUGAGCAAACACGAUCCGCCAAUGUUUCCACCGGAGCCAAAGCUUAUGGAAAAAUUCAAUAAAUGGUUUGGAAAAUCAAAUAAAUUUUUAAAACUACGACGCAAGUUUAUGGCCAAGAAGAAGUCGAAGGAGAAGAAAAAAUAAUAAGUAAAUGAUUUAUAAAAUUAUAAACAAUCAAUUGUUAUAUAUGGAAUGUUGUGUGUAUGUUGUAUAUUCAUAAUAUAUAUGUAUAAUUGGCAUACCUUAA